AUGAAGAGCAAAUUUACAUUGUAUAUGUUUAAACCAAAAGGUCACCCCCAGAAGCAGGUGUGUGCAUUGUUUCCAGAGCCUGAUUAUAAAGAAAUAAUAAAAGAGGCACUAGGAAACUUAGACAUAAUCUUGCAGAGCCCGAAUCACAAAAUCUUCUCACAGAAUAUUGAAAAGGUGGUUUUAACCAGCAGCAUUCUUUAUAGAGAACCAGACAAUGUUCAGAACAAAAACCAACAAUCCUAUGACAGAAAGAAACCUGGACAGUUUGCAAAGUGUUUAUUUGACUACUUGAACCAUGCAUCUGAGAUACCAAGUAUUGCAAUCACUGUUGUUGGAUGUGAAGAUGCAAUACAGUCAGUUCAUAAAGUGAUGGAAUCUCGUGGUGUCAGGAAAAAAUCCAAUGAAGCUCAACAGGGAGCAAGAAGCAAGACCAGUCAAGGUUCUCAUUAUGGCAGUGAGGGAGGCUAUUCAGCAUCUCAUUCUGUGUAUGGAGCUAAAGGCAGUGAUUUCUCAAGACAGCAUCAUGAUGAAG